CAAUAUCACCAAGCAGCAGUUGUUGACGGACUACUGUGGAGAGGAAGCUUGGGUAGGAAUUUUCACAGCUAGCUUGUGGUCGGCUUUUGAUAUUAAAUACUGAAAAUGUGCUGGUUUGUGCGUCUUUAACAGUCGGACCAGCUAGUGAGCAAAACACUGGAAGACAGUGACACUGUCAGAUCUGGCGGGUUUGAGACGGGGAUCCUGCUGGGGUGUAUAGCCACCAAGGGACGAGCUACAAUGCUGUGCUGGGGAAAUGCUUCCUACGGACAGUUAGGUUUGGGUGGAAUUGAUGAAGAGAUUGUGGUAGAGCCACGAAAAUGUGAAUUCUUUCAUGGGAAGAAAGUGUGUGAUGUGGGGUGUGGACACAGACACACAGCCUUCUUGCUGGAGGAUGGGACAGUGUAUACCUGUGGCUGCAAUGACCUAGGGCAGCUGGGCCAUGAGAAGUCCAGAAAGAAACCAGAACAUGUUGUGGCUCUGGAUGCACAGAUCAUUGUGGCAGUGUCAUGUGGAGACUCCCACACACUUGCCUUGAAUGACAAAGGGCAGGUGUUCUCAUGGGGUCUUGGCUCAGACGGGCAGUUGGGCCUAAACAACUUUGACGAAUGUGUUCGUGUGCCUAGAAACAUCAAGAGUUUGUCAGAUGUACAAAUUGCUCAGGUAGCCUGUGGAUAUUGGCAUUCCCAUGCACUUUCAAGAGGUGGCCAAAUCUUUUCCUGGGGCCAGAAUCAAUAUGGGCAACUUGGUCUUGGAAUAAAUGGACAGAACAUUUCCACACCCCAAAUCAUUCAGUCUCUGCAGGGCAUUCCGUUUACCCAGAUCUCAGCAGGUGGUGCUCACAGCUUUGCCCUCACUCUCUCUGGAGCAGUGUUUGGUUGGGGACGGAACAAGUUUGGUCAGCUGGGUCUUAAUGACACCAAUGAUCGGUCUUUCCCAGCCCUCCUGAAGUCCCUUAGGUCACAGAGAGUGAUUUACAUCUCCUGUGGAGAAGAUCACACUGCUGCGCUAACCAAGGAAGGAGGUGUGUUUACAUUUGGCGCUGGGGGAUACGGACAACUUGGGCAUAACUGUACAAACCAUGAAAUCAACCCUCGGAAAGUGUUUGAGCUCAUGGGAAAUGUAGUGACACAGAUUUCCUGUGGAAGGCAGCACACACUCGCUUUCACGCCCUCCUCUGGAAAGAUGUACUCAUUUGGGCUCGGUGGUAACGGCCAGCUUGGUACUCGCACCACUUGCAACAGGAAAAGUCCCGCCCCCAUCAAAGAGACCUUCAUGACCUCCAAUUCUCCGGUGGAUAAAGACAUGGAGCAGGAUUGUUGUAUCAAGAGGAUUUAUGCUGGAGGAGACCAGAGUUUUGCUCACUAUUUCACUGCCAAUAACACAGAGGACAUGAGAAUACAAGAUUCUCACCGCAAGAUUUGCACCUUAAAUGAGAACAUCAUACAAAAAUGGCUGAAUCACUCACCAGGAAGACUUCCGCAAGAUAUCUCCAAUGAGAUUGACCUCCUGUUUUCCUCGGCAAGCUGCCUCAAUGGAUCAUUUCUGUCAACGAGUCAUCCAGAUCACUACAGUACCAGCAGCAAAUGUUCAGGGGUGGAUAUGAACAUGGCUCGCCUGCUCUUUCACAGAGUGGUUCAACAGGAUCACCCUGAGAUCGCUCAGCAGAUUGCUGCUAGUUUGGAGAAGAACCUACUUCCCAGACUAAGCAACUCCCCUCCUGACAUCGAAGCCCUGAGACUCUACCUCACUCUCCCAGAGUGCCCCCUCUUCAGUGACAGAAAUAAUUUUGUGACCAUUGCCAUCCCAUUUGCCAAGUCAGUCAUCAGCUUGAAAGAGGCUCCACUGAAGGUGCUCGGAAACUGGUGGUCUACGUUAGAGCCCACAGCCUUCCAGCGGCUGGUCGAGUUGUACAAGGAGGUGGUGGUAUAUCUGCUUCAGAUGCACAAGGUGGGAAUUCCUUCAGUGGAGCAGGCAAUUUUCACGUGUUUCCUGGACACGUCCUUCCGACUGCUGGAGAUCCUGCACACAGUGAGUGAGAGGGCAGGACACAUCAUUCAGUACGAUAAAUUCUACAUCCAUGAGUUGGAUGACCUGAUAGACAUCAGAAACGACUAUGUCACAUGGAUUCAGAGGCAGAUGUACCCAUCGGUGAGUCUGUUGCCAGUGUCAGUUUUACUUUGUGACAUUUAUUUAUCUUUUGACAUCGGUGUGACCCAUUUGUUUGUUUCUCUGUAUCCUCAGGGCCAUAAUGGUGUGGUGACUCUGUGCAGGUAUCCCUUUGUAUUUGAUGCCCAAGCGAAGACCACACUACUUCAGACUGAUGCUGUCAUACAGAUGCAGAUGGCAGUGGACCAAGCACAGAUGCAAAACUUCAGCUCCAUGUUUUUGCCAGCAGUGGAAUCAGUCAACCCGUGCCUCAUCCUCAUCGUUCGGAGAGAAAAUAUUGUUGGAGACACCAUGGAAGUCCUCAGGAAGUCCAAGAAUGUUGAUUACAAGAAACCGCUCAAGGUGAUUUUCGUGGGAGAGGAGGCAGUUGAUGCUGGAGGCGUGAGAAAGGAGUUCUUCCUCCUGAUCAUGAAAGAGUUGCUGGAUCCCAAAUAUGGGAUGUUUCGUUACUAUGAGGAGUCCAGGCUCAUCUGGUUUUCAAACAAGACCUUUGAGGACAUUGACUUGUUCAACCUCAUUGGGGUCAUCUGUGGUCUGGCCAUCUACAAUCUCACUAUAGUGGAGCUCAACUUCCCUGUGGCCCUUUACAAGAAGCUUCUGAAGAGGAAGCCAACACUAGAUGACCUGAAAGAGCUAAUGCCAGAUGUGGGAAGGAGUCUCCAGAUGUUACUGGACUACACAGAGGAUGACCUUGAGGAAACAUUCUGCUUGAACUUCACGAUCACAGAGGAAAACUAUGGUGCCACAGAGGUCUUGGAAUUGGUACCUAACGGUGAAGACAUCAGUGUCAAUAAAUCAAACAGGCAGGAAUUUGUCAAUGCAUAUGUAGACUACGUUUUCAACACAUCAGUGGCCCCACUGUUUGAGUGCUUCUAUGCAGGCUUCCACAAAGUGUGUGGUGGAAAAGUUCUUGAGCUCUUCCAGCCAAAUGAACUGCAAGCCAUGGUCAUUGGAAACACCAACUACGACUGGACAGAGCUCCAAAAGAGUACUGAAUAUAAGGGGGAGUACUGGACAGACCAUCCCACCAUCAAGCUCUUCUGGGAGGUGUUCCAUGAACUUGCUUUAGAGAAGAAAAAACAGUUUCUGUUGUUUCUCACAGGAAGUGACCGCAUACCAAUCUUGGGCAUGAAAAGCCUGAAGCUCGUGAUCCAGCCCACCGGUGGAGGGGAGCAUUACUUACCUGUUGCCCACACGUGCUUCAACCUGCUGGACCUGCCCAAGUACACAAGUCGAGAAACACUCAGAGAGAAGCUUCUACAGGCUAUAGAUCACAAUCAAGGCUUUAAUCUUGCGUGAAAACACACAGAAAUGCCUCAAGCUCCAUGUGACAGCCACAUUCCCAGAUGUUUAGUUUUGCAGACUUGAAUCCUGCUGUAAGAAUUGAACUCUAUGGAGGCGCUGUGGCACUAGAAAUGAAUAAGAAUUGGAUGUCUGUAAUUUCGCUUUACUCUUGAUUUUGAUUUUAUAGCUUUUUCCAUGCCAUCACAGUAUUUGAUGCCCUAUUACAAGCCCAUAUACAAUUGAUAUUGCUCUUGUAGAUAUGCUUUUAUUCAUGUUUGGUUAUGACAAGUAUGAGGAAGCAAACUACUGGUGUAUACAUCUACAAGGCAUACACACAACUUGAACACCUGUAAAAUAUAAUGAAAUGCAGUAACAUUACCUCUCUGAAGCUUAAUGUAUAAUAGUGAGAUGUUUCUUUUGUCUGUACUGGUGAAAAACUUUGUCAGAAACACCUCAAAACAUAAUUUGAUCCAAACACUGGCCUCAAAGUGACCACAUUUAAAUAAACGUCUCUCUGACAGGGUCUCAGUGACAUUUUAAGCUCCACUGUGGUAGUAGUUGCUGCAAGGCCACUGCACUGAAUCGUUCUGUAUUUUACAGGGGUUUCUGAUGAUGUGUCCACACCCUGUGCAUUAAAUGUUCGAACUCGGAUGACUAACUCUCUUUACGUUUGAUCUAAGUUCUGUUGUAACAUUUGAUUGAGAGCAGUGUGAAACAUUUGCUUUAGAUCCUUGGUGGAUUUUCUUGGCUGUAGGUCUUAAACAAUCACAAAUAAAAACAAAUUACAGCCAUUGAAA